AUCCACAGUCCCUAGCGACAGAGGGGGCAGGCGACACUGACUGAUAGACCAUCGGGCAACCAGCCAGUACGCACGAGGCACAGUUUCAGAGCAGACGUGUGCUGUGUAGCGCUAGAGUUUUUCUGCUAGCGUUCAGAGAUCGAUCGUUAUAACACCAGUUCGCGUUCGCCAAUGGAAACCAGUCAGCGAUAUGGGCUCUUCAACCUCUCGUAACCUACCGGGAAGGGCUGUUCUGAACAACCUGCGCCCCCGCAAAGAGGUCAUACAUGGACCCCUCCAGCUACAACUUUCCGGACGUGCUUGUUGUUAUUCGUUACAAGCGACAUGUGGCGGCAAGCUAGCUCUGUGAAGUCCUGUGUUUUAGUAGCACAUCCUGACAGAAACAAUCGUCCUACUCGGUAUCCUGACGGAAUUGUUGUCAGCGGUCGAGAUUUUUUGUCUCCGGAAAUUCACCUGUAGACGACCCGAACAAGUGGCCGGUCAGAAAUGACGACAUCGACGCAGCGACUUUCGAGGCUCGAGCAGACCGAGAGACUGUUUAAAGAAAAUUCUCUGAAGGCUAUGAGGAACAUGCGGCCUAUCGGUGUACAGAAACAGGCAGGGAAAGCGGUAACUGCGAUGGACCGAGACCAGCAGCAUAUAUCCCUGCCGCCCAUCUCGGUUCCGUCCAAGUCACCCCCGCGCCGCUCGCCCGGACACGAGGCAGGCAGUCCCGGGAGGAAACCGGGGGAACACGGCGGGGGCGGGAUCAGGAAGGACGGGGCUCAGACCGAGUACGACGAGAUUGCUGGCGAGAAUCUUAGAAAGAACCAGGGACGGAAGGUGAAGAAAAAGACGGAAUCACUGGUCACCAGUCAUUUGAGGAAAAGACUGACCCUCCGCCACAACAGGCGACUGCUGGAGAUGUUCGGAGACCUCCUGGACAGCGAAGGGGAGGUGGAAACCACGGGAGACAGCCUUUCUGAGGAGAGACUUUCCUUCAUCAUCCGUCAGGGAGAGACCUCAGCUGAAAAUCCGUCCCCUUUCAACAAAUACACGGAUACUGGAGAGCGGAUGGAUACAAUCACAGUCAAGGGUGAGCGGAUGGAUACAGUCCGUCCAUCCAGCGCUAUCCGCCUCUCCCCAAUCAGCCCUCCCACCACCCCUCCCGUCCCCAAAUCGGACCGCCACCUUCCUGCUUCCUCCGACGGGCUAGAAAACGACGUUAUGGUGGAAAGUGUGUCCGGUAGCUCUGUUGGGAGCGCUGGAGAAGGUUCCCAAGCAAACGUUGGAUCCGACACGCCAGUCGGUGACUCUAGAAAAGACAGUGAGACACUCAGUAGGGACGGUCACAUUCCGAACAGCGUAGAGUCAAGUUUACCUGGUAGCAGACUCUCACCAGAGCAGUCUUUACGGACUCUGCCGCUGGUAAAAUCGUUGGGAUUUCAUCAGGACUCGGGUGUGGGAAGUUUGAGCAGCCCGGGUAACUCUACAGUCGCCACAGACGCGGAUACAAGCAGCAGCUUCAGGGUGGAGAGACCUGCCAUCGUGGUGGCUUCAGAUGAACAGAAUCCGGUACAGGACGCCAUGAUGGCGACAGAAUCAUACGACGGAGAUGUGGACGAGGACGAUGAGGAGGUAGACCGAGAGCUGCAGCAAAUUGACUACAAAGGAGAUACAAGGGCGAUGUCGUCUGUGUCUCUUUCUGCUUCUGAGCCGGAUGAGAAGCCACUGCCGCUGGUUAGUCCUGUGCCCACCCCGUGGCCGGUAGGUGAAGAGGACCGCGGUUUGAGGCUCGCACAACUUGAGCUGCCGGAGCGUGUGGAACAGGUGCUACACGGGAAUGUCCACGUCCACUGCAGGGUGCAACCUAGGACUAUCAAGGUGUACAUCAGCGCGUCGGCAGAAGAUACAGUGCAAGAGAGGGAUGCACUAGCGACCAAGGCGUAUCCACAGCUAAAGCAAUACUACAAAGACAGAGGAUACGAGCUUCAGGUUGUCGACCUGAGGUGGGGGUUUGAAGACAUGCUGACAGACGAACACUCCGAAGUCGAACUCUGUCUCAAGGAAAUCCAGAGCUGCCAAGACAUGGUGACCACGCCUUAUUUCGUGACGUUUUUCUCCCAGAAGUACGGGCCGUGUGUCGUCCCUGCCGCCAUCCCCAAGUCAGAGUACGAGUCUCUCCACGCGACUAUUCUCAGCGAGCGGGACAAACUCUUGUCCAUGGGGAGAUUUUCCCGUAAGAGUUACGGGAGUAUCUACGAAGACGAUCUGGAGAAACUCGAUGGUAUAACCGAGGAAUCGUUAGAUGAUGGCGACUCACAAGUUGGUACUGACUUGAACAAGAAGUCGACUUUGGGCGUCACAAGUAGCGAGAGCUCGCCUAAGAAAUCAGACAAUGGGGCGAAGUCACGACGAAAGUCGUUCCAGACAGGAGGCAUAAUAACUAGACGAGAAUCUGUCGUCAGCCUAGCUGAUGUCCAAGAAAAAGUAGACAAAGACGCGCAGGACUCAAUUCCCAGCACUAGUACUAUCGAGGACUCACCAAAGAAGUCAGACUCAAGUACUGCAAACGGGAAAAUUGUCACCAAGUUGAGAAGAACGUCGCUACCAAACGUCGGUAUCUCUAGAAGAAACUCAAAAGAAUCCCUGAUAAGCACAGUAGACACCAUAGAAGAGCAGGAAGAUGACAUGACAGAUACGGGGAAUGUGAAUAUGAGUGAAAUGAAGACCACGCACGACUUUGACCUGGACCUGGCACUACUGACACAAUGGUACGCGUUGGACGAGAACAUGGACCCACCGGUGUACAGGUUACAACCUAUCAGUUCCCAGUAUCGGGACUUUAACAAGACCACAGACAGAUCCAGGCGGCAGCAGGCUAUCGGCAACUGGAAGGCGGUCACCCGGCGGCUACAGAAGGUACUGCAGGACUACGCACCACGAGCAGGUUUCAGCGAGGAGACUAUGAGAAAAUAUUUCACAUCAGUGGUUGAUCUGGAAGUGCAACACGGCCUGUCCCACAAUGCACCUGGAGACGGCUGCGUGUGGUUUAAGCGGAGGAUCGUGGACCUGGAGCAGAACGUCAGCGACGCCGCCAUGCGGACUUACACGGACAUGCACCACGUCAGGCAGGAGUUGGACGACGCGGCAACACAGCGCCGCCGGGAGUUGGAGGACCUGUUGGAGAGCCAGGUCCCACUGCCGAACAUCCACGAGUACACCUUGAGUUGGACCUACGGCGGCAUUGACCCCAGCAAGAACCGAGGUCACGCAAUCUACGUGGACAAACUCUGCCAGGACUUCUCCAGAAUCCUCACCGCCAGCAUCGACACAAGUCUCGCGAGACAACGUACGAGAGAAGACGAGAAGACGGUGCUCUUUGAAGAGAUAGCUCAGCACGUGAGCUUCUGUCAAGACAGAGCUGCCACGUUCUUUGGCCGGAAGACAACUCUCGGGCGGAUCAAGGCCUACCUCCGUACGGGCAGCCGCCAGCCGCUCAUCGUGCACGGAACGUCCGGCAUCGGGAAGACGUCUCUGCUGUCCAAGGCCGCCAUGCAGACCGCGGACUGGACGUCCUGCGGCGACUCGGCUGUUAUCGUGAGGCUGAUCGGUCUGACUUCAGAGUCACGUAACAUCCGCAGUCUCCUGCGCAGGCUCUGCCUUCAGCUCACGCACGUGUACGGGGGAGACAUAGCACUCAUCCCGCAGGACUACAUGAGUCUGGUUAACUUCUUCGUCGUGCAGCUGGAGAGCGCGAACGCAGAAAAACCUCUGGUGGUGUUUCUGGACGCACUGGAUCAGCUCACAGAUGACUACAAUGCCCGGCAGCUGUUCUGGCUCCCGAAGGAACUCCCGCCGUAUGUCCACAUCGUCGUCUCUACCGUGCCGCACAGGAAAUACGACUGUUUCCCUGCACUCAAGGAAACUGUUCCCGACGACCAAAACUACGUGGAAGUUCCGGACCUCCCCGAGGCCGACGCCAGCGCGAUCGUGGACCACUGGCUCACCGCCGACAAGAGACGACUCGCGCCCGAACAGCUGGCGAGACUCAUCGACAGCUUCCGAGAAUGUCCGAACCCGCUGUUUCUAAAAAUGGCGUACAACGAGUCGACUCUGUGGAAAUCGUACACUCCCACAAGCGAGCUGCGAUUGGCCACCUGCGUGGAGAAGCUAGCCAAUCAGAUCUUCGCGCGGCACGAAAGGGAUCAUGGGGAGGCUGUUGUACGAAGAACGCUGGGUUACAUCACCGCUGCUAAACAUGGCGUCACGUUCAACGAGCUAGAAGACAUACUGUCUCUGGAUGAAGACGUUAUGAACAGUGUUAUAGUGUACAACACUUUAUCCGUCAGAAGAUUCCCGCCUUACUUACUCAGACGGCUGCUUGCUGACCUGAGCUCAAGCCUUCUCGUCACGCACUCCCACGGUACUGAGAUCUACCGCUGGUUCCAUCAGCUCUUUGCCAAGGCAGCAACGGAGAGGUACCUCCUGGAUCGAGACAGAGCUCCCUCCUACCACACAGUCAUGGCGGAAUACUUCCUAGGUAAGUGGUCGAACGGCGCAAAGAAGCCUUGCUCCGGGCAUCCCAAGGGUUUGGACAGGAUGGUCGCGGACAUGGCGCUGUCUCGGGAAGUGUUGUCGCCUCAAGGAGCCAAGAUCAUCAACUUCAACAUCCGCAAACUGAUGGAGAUGCCGUAUCAUCUACUGGAGUCGAACAAGAUGAAUCUGCUGAAGUCUGAAGUUCUGUGUAACUACGAGUGGCUGCUGGCUAAGGUCCGUGCCGUGGGGCUACGUGCGGUGUUAGAAGACCACCACGACUCGCUUAAGGUGAGCUCAGACGACGAAGAGCUUCGCCUUCUGAGUGAAACCUUGCAGCUCUCCAGCGAAGUCCUAAAGGCUGAUGCUCUUCAGCUGGCAACGCAGCUCAUCGGGAGGCUUCACGAUAUCAUUAUGAACGACAAGCCUCUGGCGCCUGGCGAUCCUAAGAAGUACCCUCAGCUGGGUGUCCUACUACAGCAAGCGUCUUUCGGAUCUGUACCCGCCUUUGUUCCUUCCAUGACCUGCUUGACACCUCCGGGGGGUGUGUUGUUUGACCUACUGGAGGGGCACACGGAUAAGCUCACCGCCGUUGCCGGGACUACCGACGGCUUUCGGGCGGUAACAGCGUCCAUGGACGAGUCUAUCAAGUUUUGGGACCUAAAAACCGGGAAGGUGGUGAAGACCAUCGACGGUGUGGGCAGCGACGUGCGUUCUCUGACGCUCUGCAUGAACAACUCUUUCGUCGUGACCACGGAGAUCAGCUGCAUCCGCGUGUGGAGUCUCAACUCCGGGGAGGUCGUCUUAAAGAUCGACCAGUACGUCGACCCUGCAAUUCUCACCACGGCCGCAGAGGGGCAGCUCUUGGUAGCCUUCUUCGACGGCUCGAACGAGAUGAGAGUGUGGGAUCUGAAGAGCCGCAAGAUGAUCAAGGAAGUCAGCAUCGGUGAUGAUGAAGCCGGUAGCCUCCACAAAGACAGGUCCAUCCUUGUGUCAAAGAACUGCCACGGUGACCAGGUCCUGUACGCGUACAGAAGCCGGGACAUCGCCUACGUGCAAAACGCCAGGACAGGGAAGAUGAAGAGGAGGUUCGUUGCCCAGGGCGACGGGGCGUCCAUCCACGCCGUUGCCAUGGCAAGGGAGUACUGGAUCGUGGCCUGCAGGUACCAGUACAUGAAGCUUCAUGAGAUAUACCACUUGGAACUCUACGACGUGCUGAACGGGGCCUUUAUCAGGAGUAUCAAAGGAUGCGCGCACGACAUCAUCACCGACCUACACGUCAACCGCCUCGGUUCUCACGCCAUCGCCUUGUGUGCCUCCGAGAGCAACAACACCACGGACAUUGCCGUGUGGAAUCUGGAGACAGAAGAUCACAAACACUUGGCCAAACACGCUAACCUGUCCACGAUGGGUACGGGGGUAGAGUUACGGUUCUGUCUUACUGCUUCGCCGAAUGAGUGCGUCCUGCGAGUGUGGAACUUGAGCCAACACAUCAACGUCCAGCAAGCCGGAGGACCGAGGAAGAAGAAGAAAGAGGGGAUACUUGAAACGGUUCCCAUGAAAGACUACCCCCGGUACGUAGUGGCACGAUCCAUGAACAACGGACCAAUCACCGUCUGGAACGUGGCGAAGGGCAAGCGCACGGGAACCCUGGUGAGAAUCGAGCGCGGAUUGGUCGAAUCGACCGACUGCGUCAUCAUACGUAACACCAAGAUCUACAUCCUCUCUGACAGGGGGAUCUCCCACUUGUCGGACGAAGGCAGGCCGGUGUUUCAGACCAUCUAUAUUUACGACCUGCAGACGAAGAAAUUCGAGAAGAAAAUCACCGGACUGUACAUCGUACCCUCUCCACAACACGAGUACACAAUCAUCGGGAACAACCUGUUAGGGCUAUCCGAGAACAGGAGCCAUCUCAUCGCCUGGUCGCUCGACACUGGGCAGGUCGUGUACAGGCUAAGAGCGAACUUCAAGAAGCAAGAGCCGUCGACGGCCAACCAGACACGACAGGGGAUACCGACCAUCGUGAGAGAACGGGAACUGGAGAAAUCGAGACAACUGGAGAGAGAGAAGGAGAGAAACAAAGCGCGGAGGAGAACGAAGUACACCGAAGCGAGCAUGACGCCCUGGGAGAGGCGAAACGAGACGAAAACGGCGAAGGUCAGACGAUACGAUCGCGACGCCAUGUUGGAACAACAGAGGCUGGAAGAGAUGAGAAAAGAGAAGGAGAACGGGAUCGAGCAGUACAUGGUGAGCGCAGACGAACGUAUCAUAGUCUGUUCCUACUUCGCGCACCAUCUUGCCGUGUUUGAUGUCGAAAACAGGACUCACCUUCACACGCUUGAGAACGAACAUUCGAUGCUCUACCUCCACAACGCCGCCAUGACAGUCAACGGCAGCCAUCUUGCGCAUGCCAACUACGACGAGAUCAGCAAGUCCAGUUACAUCACCGUGUGGGACUUGCAAUCCGGAAAAGUCCGGAAAAGACUCAAGAAUGAACCGAAUGUCUGCUGUAUCGGCAUCACGGAGAACGCAGAAAGGGUGAUCUUUGGGACAGAAAUGAACGUGCUCAAAAUUUGGUGCCCUUUUAACAAGCAAAACAACAAGAAAAUCGUCGGAUACAAGGGCCUAUCUCUCGGAGUUGGGAGUAAGAUCGUGAUAGUGGAGAAUGGAUCUCGGGUGGUGCUUUUCGCGCAGGAUAUCUCACUAUGGGACCUGGAAUCAGGUUCUGUGUUGUCUGUCUUCACGCCAGACAUGCGAAUCCAGACUUGUAACGUGGCCAUGAACGGGAAGUUGAUCGUAUUCGGCAUGCGCGAUUCCUCGUCACUGGUGACGCUGCAACUCAAAUCACGAGACGUGGAUCAAGCACCACCUAUCGAGAUGGAGGGGAAUGACAUCUUCGGGGAAGCUCCGACAAGCUCCUCCGAAGAGGAGAGUGAAGAAGAGGAAGACGAGUGAGUGCACCUUAAGAAACACUGUGCAAAGAAAGUCUGGAGCAAUGAAGGCUGGAUGUUUGUUUAGAGUUGAAACUAUUGAUCGAACACAAAUAAGUUCUCUCACCUAGAUCUUUCGACCAGUCACUCUGGUCUUCCUCAGUAGACUGACCCAGUGAGGCUUGUCACGUGGCUUCUUUGAAGUGUGACGUCAACACUGGGUCAAAGGUAUCUGGUAGACGAUGUCGGCUCCCGUCACGGUGAAGUGAAGGGUGAUGGGCCCUGAAACAUGUAACUACCAACACAGAUGAACUUUCAUGAUAGUGAAGCUGGAUGUUGUUGAUUCGUACUGCAACAUGCAGCAUAUUUGCCCCAUUCCGGCCAAUUGCAAUGUAACGCAAAGGCAAACUAUGGCGAGGCCGACCAACCUACCCAUAUGAUAUGUAUUAUUUGUUCUGUUCUAUUGAAUUCCAUCAAAUAUUAGAUUAUAGUAUACAUGUUACCGAAUCAAGUGCAAUUGUACAGGUUGUCGUUUUGAUCCCAAGUUGUCAAAGACAAAUAAUAGAGAUGUACCGUUAGCAUACUAAAGAUAUGUUGCAGAAGCUGCUAUUCUUCUUACGACGAAAAUAGGAAUUUAAGAUAUUUAGAUAAACAACCUUUUGUGAACAGAAGAUGAGCAGCAGACGUUUAUUUUUGUAUCUACGUACGUCUUCUGAUGGAAUUGUUACCGAAUUUAAUAAAUUACGUACGU